CUUUUCUCUUGACAAUGCCCAUUGAAAAGUUGUCAGCAAGGGUUGCCGCGUGACAGGGUUUUCACUCAAGAAAAGCAUUCUGCUCCUGUUCUGAUGGAGGGGCAAACAGAUGGGAAGAAGCCUGGAGGUCUAUAGACACUUACGAAGCUAUUGAAAUCAUUCAGAUGAAGAAAUUGAGGCUCAGAGAAGCAGAGUAAGCACAGAGGUAAUAGCAGAAUAUGAACCCUGAGGCCAAAAAGAUGGAUCGCUCAUGUACCAUACACAGCUUGUGAAGUUGGGCCUCAACCUAGCUCUACAGGAUCCCAUGACCAAUGCAUGGAAUUGCCCUCUGCCCAGAUACACACCUUGGUGAUGCUCCAGCCCACACCCAAUCACCCCUCUCCUUCUCAGACAGCCUUCCUCUCCCUCAGAACUUGGGUCACGCUUCUGAAGUGCUGAGAUAAGAUCUGAAGACAACUAUUUAGACGUUCAAGUGGACUUCUCCUAGAGCUAAGAAAAAAAAAACGGUGCCUUCUUCUCACCUCUGGAAAUUGAAGGCAGCCAGUGUGUGUGCGGAGGUGGGGGAGCGGGAAGCAGUUCUCCCCAAGGUUCUGACCCUUCUUGCCCCUCUCUCUUCAAACCCAUGGAGCCACCCCACCGCGCAGAGACCGAGCCUGGGGUGCUGGGCGGGAGGUGGGAGAAGGUGUCCGAGCCCCAGGCUCCCCCCUUCGAGCCCCCUCCCGGCGUGGGAGAGGCCCUAGGAACGCGGAGCGCGUGGUGGGGGCGCUGCAGGCCAGCGGGCCCGGGUCUCCGCCUUCCUCCCUCCCUCCCGGGCUGGCCCCUGUCCGCGCGGCUCCUCCUCCGGCGCCCCGCCUCCCCAGUCGGCUCCCUCUGCGCCACCCCCGCCAACCCCGCCGCCGCUGCAGAGCACGGAGCAGCCUGGCCGCAGUGGCCGCCGCACCACCAAACUUUCCCGGGAGCCGGCGCCGGGAGCGAGCCACAGCUGGAGGCUGCUCUUGUGCCAAUGAACCUUCCUAAUUCCUCCUGCAUCUUAGAAGCCAAGAUGUGUGAGGGGAACAAGACCACCAUAGCCAGUUCCCAGCGGAUGCCCCUGGUGGUGAUCCUGAGUGCCAUCUCCUUGGUCACAGUGGGACUCAAUCUGAUGGUCCUAUAUGCUGUGCGGAGUGAACGGAAGCUACAUACCGUGGGGAACCUGUACAUCGUCAGCCUCUCAGUGGCGGACCUGAUUGUGGGCGCCGUGGUCAUGCCCAUGAACAUCAUCUACCUCCUCAUGUCCAGGUGGUCCCUGGGCCAGCCUCUCUGCCUCUUUUGGCUUUCCAUGGACUAUGUGGCCAGCACAGCAUCCAUUUUCAGCGUCUUCAUCUUGUGCAUUGAUCGCUACCGCUCUGUCCAGCAGCCCCUCCGAUACCUGAGGUAUCGUACCAAGACCCGAGCAUCAGUCACCAUCUUGGGGGCCUGGUCUCUCUCCUUCCUGUGGAUUAUUCCCAUUCUGGGCUGGCAUCGCUUCAUGUCACAGACUCCAGGGCACCGGGACAAGUGCGAGACAGACUUCUACGAUGUCACCUGGUUCAAGAUCAUGACUGCCAUCAUCAACUUCUACCUUCCCACCUUGCUUAUGCUCUGGUUCUAUGCCAAGAUCUACAAGGCUGUACGGCAGCAUUGUCAGCACCGGGAGCUCAUCAACGGGUCUCUCCCUUCCUUCUCUGAAAUUAAGCUGAAACCAGAGAACCCCAAGGUGGGGGCCCAGGAGCUGGGGAAGAAGUCUCCCUGGGAAGUUCUGAAAAGGAAGCCCAAAGAUGCCAGUGGUGGACCUGUCUUGAAUCCACCAUCCCAAGACCCAAAGGAGAUAAAGUCUCCAGGCAUUUGUAGCCAAGAGGCAGAUGGGGAAGUGGACAAAGUCCCCUGCUUCCCACUUACCAUUGUGCAGACGCAGACUGAGGCAGAGGGGAGUGGCCGGGGCUAUGUACCCAUCAGCCUGAGCCAGAGUCAGCCUGAGGCAAACCAUCCAGGCCUGACCAUGUGUGGGGCCAGUGAGAUGUCAGAGGAUCACAUGCUAGGUGACAGCCAGUCCGUCUCACGGACAGAUUCAGACACUGCCACAGAAUCAGUGUCACGGAAAUGCAAACCGAGAAGUGGGUCUAGCGCAGGCCUGGACUACAUCAAGUUCACCUGGAAGAGGCUCCGCUCGCAUUCGAGACAAUACGUGUCUGGGCUGCACAUGAAUAGAGAACGGAAGGCUGCCAAACAGCUGGGUUUCAUCAUGGCAGCCUUCAUUCUUUGCUGGAUCCCUUACUUCAUCUUCUUCAUGGUCGUCGCCUUCUGCAAGAGCUGUUGCAACGAGCAUGUGCACAUGUUUACCAUCUGGCUGGGCUACCUCAACUCCACACUGAACCCACUCAUCUACCCCUUGUGCAAUGAGAACUUCAAAAAGACAUUCAAGAAAAUUCUGCACAUUCACUCCUAGGGGAGGCCACAGGGGGAUGCAGCAAAGUGAUUCUUGGGAUGCCUCUGAAGAAAAUGGCAGGUGAGGCCUAUGAGUUUCCAGGCACCUGGACUUUCUGGGGUCAAAGGAAGAGUCUCAGGGGUUUGGUAGUUUGGAAUGUUCUUGGCCCCAUUGGAAGAGCAGCGGAUGGCAGUGGUCAACAGAAAGGCUGGACUUGGAAUACAGAGCAGAAUAUUUCCAAGAGAAUCGGUUGGAUCUGGAUGAGUUCUCCUGCUUCUCAGGAAACAUGGGAGCCUCAGAAGUUCGCCGCAAUCCAAGCUUUCAGACUUGAAAUGGCAACUACAGGGACAUGUGGGUAGGGUUCCACGGGGGAAUUAAACAGCUUUCCUGGGCUGGAGCUCUGUGACUGUGCAGAGGCCUUACACAUGCAGACAGAUGCUGUCCCCUCCAGGGCUCACCUUGAGAUGCGUGACAGCCGUCCCACUGUGACUGCUGCUGCUUCUCAGAGCACCUAUCUUCCGAGCCUCUCUUACAGCUUUCCCCAGCGCCUGCACUACCCUGGCCAUUCUGCCUUGUUGUUUCUCCCUCACACACUUAGAGUUCACACACCUUUUAUAUAUCCAUUGUUUUCAACCCCAAAUCCCCUUUGGCUAAUACCAAAAUGAUGAUAAAAGCUGCCUUCAAAAGAAAGAGAAAAGGAAUAUUUUUUAAAUUGUUGCAUCUUAAAAGCAACAACACACACACAAGGGAAUGAGGAGAAGAAAGCUAUGUUGUGUGAGGGAUGUGCCACAUUUAUCUCAUUUAAGGCCCAUAGUACUCUACAGCAGGAGGGCGGUGUUACUAGACAAGCAAACACAGGUGUGGCAGGAUGAACUACGAUGCCCAGGAUCAUGCAGCUGGUUAUGUGGCAGAGUCAGAAUGAAAACCUGUGGGGUUCCAGCUCCGUGUAACACAUUUUCCCCAAAAGGCGGAAAUUUUUCCCAUUGAGUACACACACCUGCAUACACACACACACACACACACACAAUAUUUGCAAGAGUAGUGGCAAUUCUCAAAAGUAUAUGUUGAGAGCAAGAACAGCUGACACAGAAUAUGCCACAGCCACAGAAGUUGAAGGGACACUGUGCAUUUUUAUCUGAAUUCUGCCUUGUUUGUUGACAAGAAGUCAUGUUCUUUUAUGGUCACACCUCCAAAGUAAAAAAUAGCAAAGAUGUAGGAAUAUACAGUUUUACUUGAUGUUUUUGCUGCAGUCUGGUAUGAUUUGUAUUUUAGAACUUGAUUCUAAAUUGUAAUAUAUGUAGCAAAUGGGAGUGCCUGUAACGCUGGUAUUUUGUGUCUUGUGUUCCUGUUUGCAUGAUCUGUUAAAAUGGAAGAUUGUUAACUACCUAAAAUAUGACAUUUGAAAGCUAAACUGUUAAGAGUUUGACUUAUUUAAUUCAAUGUUUCUGAGUCUUUUGGACUGAGAUGUAUUGAAAUAUACUGUCAAAUGUAACAGGAGCUGAUGUAGGGUUUCCCUUCGGUUUCUGAUCACAUUCACAAAUGUUUUUAGAAAAGGACUUAGUUUAAUACAGCCCUCACUCUCACAUUGCUUUGUAUCCCCAAAAGCUAUUUUUGCUCAACACUGGGGGAACUAAGGAGACUUUUACCCAGGUUUUAAAAGCUGCAGCUGGUCUUUUUCCAGGUCAAAAACUGUUUCCUAGAAGACCUAUGAAAGAUUUGCUUCCCAGGAUCCCUCAGGACCAGGGAACCCUUAGAAAAACCACUCCACAUGGACCAAUGGCCAAAUACCCAUUUUUCAUGUUGAUGAAAGGGGCUGAGGCAACUAGUGAAGAGAAGUGGUUAUGAGCUCUGAUUUUGGGUCAAAGAGACCUGUAACUGAGUCUGACAAGAACAAGAAACAGUCAGUAUAAAUUGUCAGAGCAUAAAAGGCAAAGUCCACACAUUAUUGAAUACAGUGGUUACGAUGCUUACAGAGUGUCUGGCACACAGUGGGGUCUCAUAUGCAGUUAUAAGACAUUCUGAGCAUAUACCUUGUGCUAACUUUUGUGCUUUACUGCCACCAUCUAAUUUAACCUUUUCAACAACCUCUUAUGAAAAAAAAACACCUUCUAGAAGAAAGCUGUUAUAGUGUACUUGAUUUUAGGAAUGAACUUGCAGACUCAGAAGCUCCUCGGGUUUCUUUUUAUGGGCUUAAAGCUGAUUAUCUUAAAGGCAAUUCCUUGAGUGACCGAUUUGCCAAAUUUACCAAAUGUUGGCUUCUUUUUAGUUAUUUACAGGGUUUACAACAAUGCAAUUCCAUGAAUGACCAAUUUGCCAAAUUCACCAAAAGUUGGCCUCUUUUUAACUACUCACAUUGCAUGUUGGUUUUUAAGAACAGUUUUCUACAAGAGUUGUGAAGUUACAGUAAGUGAUUUUUAUUUUUCUUCAGAGCCGCAUACUGAGGAAUGUUCAGUAUGCUUUGUCCCCAGCUUGCUGCUAUUGCAGGGAGAAACCGAGUUGCAGAGAGGGAAGUGAUAGAAGUGAGAAUAGAGUGAAGGGAAAAGUAAGGGAUAGAAAUAAGAGGAGAGACUAGGGAAGUAGGGAAGGACAGAGUCAGAAAGGAUGGACUCAGGAAAAGAUGAACAGGGAGACGGGUAGGGCAAGACAGAGAUGGGGAGAGAUUAAGAGGCAAAUGGAGCUGAUUAAGAGGUGAUGAGAUGGAGAUGGUUUGGGGGAGAGACAAAGGGAGAAAGUGAAAAAUGGAGAAGUGGAGAGUGUUGGGGGACAAAGUGUGUAAACCAAGUGGCACAAUAUUAAUAUGCUCAAGAAAAAUCUAUACUCAAGAACAUAUUCUUCAUUAAUGUAUUCAUAAGUUAAACAUAUUCAAAGGAAGAAUAAACUAUCCUUAGCUUCUGAUAAACAGAAAAUUCCUCCAAAUGCUUCUCUGAAGAGAACGUGAGACUCAGGCAUCCCAUAAACCUUUAAAAGCUUGUGAAGCCAUUCCAUCUAAUAGAAAUUGCUAGGAACCUCAGAAGCUGGUAAUGUUAGUAAAGUGUUAUUCAGAAAAUCCAUGAGUCUGCUGAUUGGCCAUUUCAUGAAUUGGUUGUUUGGCUUGCAGAAAAUUGCUGGUCUCUGAAGAUAGGCCUUCUGGGAGUUAGAUUUAAGUUUUAACACAGGGUGAGGAAGAUGCUGGGGCUCUCCUGGCUGCGGGUGAAGAGCCCCCACCCAUAAGAU